UUGCAGCCCUGGUCUUUACACCAAGAAAACAAAAACAUAGUAGUCAGUUAAUAGUAAACACAUAUAAACCAAACAGCUUCUCGUGUUUAUGCCAAUCCCCCUUAAAGGAAGAUAUCAUGACAGAGCUGAGCAUCACUGGCCAGCAAGUGCUUCCACAAACGCCUCCCACGAAUCCGGAACCCUUCAGGAUCACCACAAAUGCGCCGCACCAGAUGAAUGAUGCCAGUUUAACGCCCGGAAGAAAGAAGCUUCAGAAAUGGUUGGGUCGUGUGCUUCGUAUCGUAAUCACCGACGGCCGAGUCCUCGUUGGAUUCUUUAACUGCACGGAUCGGGAUGCUAACAUCGUGCUGUCCAUGUGUGCCGAGUACUUGGUAGAGGGCCAGGAACCCCGACUUUUGGGCAACGUUAUGGUUCCCGGCAAGCACAUCGUAUCCCUCAACAUCGACGAACCCGAUCCGCAGUCCAGUCUUCUAGUGCAAUAGAUAUCAGCCUGUCUCUAAAUUAUUUCGUGUCAAUAAAGCUGUACAAGUAAAGGUU